UGACAACUGUAAUAAAAGCUAUUACUAUGUGAAAACUGAAAAUGAAAAUAGAAAACUUCCAAAUUUCAUACAUAGUAGUCCUACCUUACAAUGGGCUCUUCAUUUGAAGAAACAUUUUUUGACUUUGAUCUAAAUUUCCUACAACAAUCGUCAAAUGUAGUGAAUGACUGCAAACUUGAUAAGCAGAAAAAAGCUGUGCUUUUAGCGAAAAAGAAAACAGUUGCUACUGAUUCAUUAAUUAGAAAGUAUUAUGGAAAAAAAGAACAAUUGGAACAAACUGAAAUAGUGUUGUUGGCUGCAAAAGAAGAGUGUAAACAAGUGUGCAUAGACUAUAAGGAGAGUUUAGAAAAAUGUGCCCAGUUAGAGAAGGAUUUACAAUUACUAAAAAACGAAAAGAAAGAGUUAGAAUCCAAUUGUUUUUUAGCACAAAGCCAAGUAGAAGGUAUGAAGUCCCAUGCUCAUCAACUUCAGAUGUUGGUCAAAGAACAUGAAACUACUAUUGAAGGUUUAAAAGUUGAAAACCAGUUAGAAAAGAAUAAUUUUAAGGAUAAUGAAAAAAAUCUUUUGAAUCUACAAAAAGAAAAUGAAACACUCUUAAGUGAUCUGUGUCUUCUAAGAGAUAUUGUGCUGGGUAAAAAAAAGUUACGUAGUAGUUGUAAAUUAGUAUUGCAAAAGUAUGAAAAAGUAAAAAGUAUAAAGACACAUGAUGCUGGAUCUGAAAGUAGCUGUGAAGAAAAUGAUUUGUUUGAUAGUGUACCUCCUUCUCCAUUGUCUCCAUUUGAAGCUGCUUUGGAAAAUAAACCCCAGGAGAUUCGAAUAUUGUGGGUCUAUUUUGUCAACUAUGACAUGCAUGAAGUUAAAUCAAAUGAAAUUCCUGUUAAAAAAGAUGUCUUGAGAUUAAAUGAAGAUAGCGAUUCAGUUUUCAGUAAUGAAAUAGUUAGCGAAGAUACAGGUCGCGGUUCUUCCUUAGCCUUUUCAGAUGGCGAGAAAUGUAUUAAUAGUCCAGACUAUUUCUGUAAUGAUAGCCCAUUUGAUUGCAAUAAAAUUAAAUCAAGGAGGGUUUAUGUGGAUGCUUGUACCAGUCCAACAAUGAUUCAUGCAUUUGCAGAUAUUGCAACUAGUCCUAUUUUGUUUGAUGAUGAAGCAUUGCUUAGUGAUAAUAACACAAUCGCACUAAAUAAAACAGAUUCUAAUAGUACAGAAUACUUUAUUACUGAUAUCCCAAUUAGCACAGAAAUCGUGACCAUUAAAGAAAGAAAACAAUUAGUCGAUGUUGCAACAAAUACUUCGAUUGUUACUGAAAAACUUGAUAAAUCAACAAGUCCAGUAGCAUUCAAAGAACUUGAUGUUCGCCAUAAAAAGUUAAUACAUACAGCAACAUCUCCCAUUCAAAACGCUCAAGAUAGCAGUAAUGACAAUAUUAUAGUAUUAAGUGAUGUUAACAUAGAAAUAGAAAGGUUAUGUGAUAGUAUUGAAACAAAAAUAACUAAAGAUUUAGUAACUGAUAAUGAAUUAAAACAUACCACCGAUCAGCGCUCACCAAGUACAUGUGAACGCAAGAUUAUUAGUAGAUCCCAAGAAAAAGAAUGUUUGGAAUUAAAUAACAGUAGAAAGUUAUGUAAUGAAAGUAGUAACGAUUGUGAAAUUGAGAUGAUUUUAAAUUCGAUGCGUUUAACCGAUAAAAUACUUACACCUAUUCCAAAGACUCCCAUCAAUUUAAAUGAAAAGUCGACUAGUAAACAAUCACCAGUAAAACAAUCGUCUGUAAUUAAAGAACAUAAGGUGUGUCCAGAAGCUAUGAAAUUAAGAGAAGAAAAUAAAGCUCUUCAGACUAGCAUAGCUGAUCUAUCCAAAGAGAUAAUGAGUAUAAAAUGUAUAUUAAAAAAACAAUUUUUAAUGCCUGAAAACUCGGAAAAACAAUUAUGUGAACAUAUGAAUAAACAUGUAGUUAACUCUGAAAUAUUUGAUCAUUCUAGUCAACAAGAAAUAUUUAAAAACGAUGAUAGUGAACAAAAUAAUAAUCAUAUGUCUGCUGAAGAAAUUUGUGUAACACCAAAUACUCCCGAAGAAAGUAUUGCUACUCAAGAAGUAAUAUGUCAGACGAGGAAAGAUACAGAAUCACUUACAGCAUCUCAAGUUGAGAAUUCAAAAGAAAUAUUCAAAAAAGAAGAAAAUAGGGUAGUAAGAAACAUCACUAGAGAUGACAAAGAAGACAGUCCUUUAUUAGAUAAUAGAGAAACCGUUGUAGAAAACCUGGAGCCUGAAGAUGAUGAGAUUGGUGACAAUGAGAAAGAAUAUGUAGUAAUAAUUGAAAACAAACAUAAAAACGUAAAAUGUAAAAAAUUAAGUAAGCUUGACAGAUUCAAGAAAAAACUUUUACCUAAAAAUAAAAUUAAACAAAUAAAUGCUCCCAUACGUAAACUACGCUCAAAGGCUAAACCAGUACUUAUAAAAUCUAGUAAAAAUGAUGCCGAAAUAAUACUGAAUAAUAAAUCUGCAUAUGAAAAGGCUGUAAAAGUAAUGACUGAAUUAAAACUAAAAAAAGUCAGUGAUAAGUCUGGCAAAGUAAUAAAAGUAGGAACUGAUAUUGAAAAGUCUGAAAAUAAGGAAUUUAAUAAUAACAGGGCUCAUUUAAAAGGCAAGUCUAAUGAAGAAGAUAUAAAUGACAUUAGUAUUAUUGAACAACCUUCUGUUGAUUUGUCGGAAUCAAAAUUACCGGAAAACGAAGAAAAAGACAAACAGCAGAAAGAUAUAAUGACUACAAGUCCUAAAAAAUCAGAAUGUAGUAUUUCAAAUGCAGAUUCACCAACAAGAAGCCUCAUAAACACUAGAAGUCGUAGCAAAAUUAAACAAGACUUGACAAUGGAUGUAGAUGUCAACAAUGCAAUAUAUAAAGGUGUUGAACCAAUGUCAGAAGUGACCGAAGAGAUAUCCAGUGAAUGUAAUAAACUAGUAGAAGGCAGAAGAAGAUUAAAGCGUGUUGCCUCAGAUGACCCAUUAGUGGAGAGCAAAAGAAUAUUACGUAGUGAAAAAGCAAGAAAACUUAGUAUGAAUCAUACAAAUGUUGAUGAUACAAUUUUAAAUAUGGAUGAUAAUCUGGUCUUACAACCUAAAGAGGCUAACGGGAAACUGUCUUUAACUGAAACAAAUAAAAAUAUUCAUAAACUAAAUCAAACUAUAAAUAAAUCUAGUGAAGAAAAUGAAGUUAGCAAUUUAAAUACAAACACAGAGCAAAAUACUGAUGUAGUUUCUUCUCCAUGCUAUCAUCCAAAAGAUAGCAUACUUUGUAAAGCUAUAGGAAAAUUUGGAAAAGUGAAAAUUAAAUAUUCGGCUCAAAAAAUUCCCGACAAUAUUUCAGAUAAUAUAUGUAAAAAGUUAGAAAAAGAUAUAAAAAAGAUCAUAGAAUUAUCUGCAGAUGAGGCUAAAACAGCUAUGACCAAGUUAGUUGAAGAGAUACAGCAAAAUUGGAAUUCAAAAAGCUUUCAAGUUGGAUUCAUGAAAUAUUUAAAAGAUCCGGCAAGGAAACAGGAACUAUUUAAUAAAGUGUCCACACCUCCUGCCCCACCUAUGACGAAGUCAGAACAAGUUCUCUUAUUUAUUAUGAGACAGUUACAAAUAUUAAAACCAAAUACCCUUAAUGUGGUUCUUACACAGAUAGAAUUUUCACUUUAUCAAUUAAAUAAGAGUCCAGAUUUUGACGUUAUUGAAAGUUUGUCACAUUUUUACGCUUUACUUUGUCGAUAUUUUGGUCUAAAAAAUCGAUUACGAAUGUUCCUGUUGGAUGCCAUGUAUUGUUUGCAAUUUAAAGUUGUGCCACUUAUUAAGCAUUGCUUGGAUGUAUGGAUGCAUAUUUUGCCUUUAGCACAUAUGGGUAUAGCAAAAACUCCAUUAGUUACAUGCUUAGUUUAUCUCUUACACUUUUAUAAAUGUGAAGAUAAAUUAAACAGAAUACAAGAUAUAAGAUUUAUAUUGAAUAAAAAAUAUUUUUACCAAAUGACAGAUUGGAAUGAAACAAAAAUUUUGGAGAUGUUCAGAAAUUCUAUUAAGGAAUUACGAGAUAUAAAAUUAGAGAAAAAAAUGUUAAGAAUGGCUUUUAUAAUUCUUGCUAAGCGUCAAGGACCAAAGUGGUGUCAAAAAAAUAUCAUCAAAAAUAUACUUUUGCCCAUGAUAGAAAAAGAGGACACACCGAUAACAAUAAAACAGUUUUGUAUAGAAAUGCUAGGACCUCUGAUGAAGCCAUACCCUGUUGAUAUGAAAGUGCAUUGUGAAAUAAUAGUAAAUCAGUUACUUAAUAUGUUGGAUGAAAACUCCGUUGAUAGUAUGAAGGAAGCAAUUUUUACGAGUUUAAUAUACAUGAAUAAACACAAUCAAAGUCGAGUAAACCAAGGGUUGCUGACUUGGUCACCAAAACAUGUAUCAUCAGAAUUUGAAGAACUUUUGCGAGAUUAUGUUCAAGAAAGAAACAUCAAAGCAUGGAAAACAAUUUUAUCAAGACUAACAUUGUAAAAAAAUAGUUUUAAGUUUUACGUUAGAAGUAAAUGUUUAAAUAAUACAAGUUUUAAAUAAUUGUAAAACACUUCAGUUUUACUUUGAGGACUGUUUGCUUUAUUGUCAGUACAUGUAUAAAACUAAUGGUCAGAUGUUCAAUCUUACCAUUCUAUUCUCUGUGAUGUGAGUAAAAUUGACUUCAUUUUAGAAGUUUUGUAUUAAAAACAAGAUAAUUUA